AGAAAAGAGAAAUAAAAAUUUUGCGUUUCGAGUACUCCAUCUCCGUCUCUUUUCCUCCGCAUCUAAAACCAUCUGAGAAAUAUCUCCGACGAAGGAGAAGGAGAAGCAGAAGAAGAAGAGAAGACGACAAAUGGCGGAGAUUGGAGUUAUCGGUUGUGGCUGUCGCGGAGUCUCCGGCGGCAAUUUCUUCCAUCCCGGAGGAUUUUCCUUGAAAUCUUGUUUCCUCGAGCAGAGAACUAAGCGUAAUCGUAACUUUUUCCGAAGCGUUUCUAUGAUUCCUCCUUUCAAACGCGGCCGUUUCAUCAAUAAGCUUCGUUCCGUCGCCGGAAACAGCCGAAUCUUUAGCAUGGAUGCUCGAGAGAAAUCACGAUCGUUUGUGUUGGUAUCAUCAAGGCACAAGAGAGUUCCAGUUUUUGUGAUGAUGCCGAUUGAUACAUUUGGAAUUGAUGCUUCUGGGUGCCCAAAGAUUAAAAGGCUCAAGGCUUUAACUGUUUCUCUCAAGGCACUCAAGUUAGCUGGUGUUCAUGGAAUCGCAGUUGAGGUUUGGUGGGGGAUUGUAGAGCGUUUCUGUCCUCUUGAGUUUAAAUGGUCACUGUAUGAAGAGCUCUUUAGGCUGAUUUCUGAGGCGGGCUUGAAGUUACAUGUUGCUCUUUGUUUUCAUUCAAAUAUGCACUUGUUUGGUGGGAAAGGAGGCGUCAGUCUUCCACUCUGGAUCCGAGAGAUUGGAGUCGUCAAUAAGGAUAUAUACUAUCGGGAUAAAAAUGGAUUUUCCAACAAUGACUAUCUCACACUUGGAGUCGAUCAACUUCCUUUGUUUGGUGGCCGUACUGCUGUCCAAUGCUAUGAGGAUUUUAUGCUCAGUUUUUCUACAAACUUUGAACCAUAUUUUGGGGAUGUGAUUGAAGAAAUAAGUAUAGGUCUUGGUCCAUCGGGGGAGCUUAGAUAUCCUGCACAUCCUUCUGGAGAUGGGAGAUGGAAAUUCCCUGGAAUUGGUGAAUUCCAAUGCCAUGACAAGUACAUGAUGGAAGACUUGAUGGCAGUGGCAUCCCAAGAAGGCAAGCCUCAAUGGGGAGGCAGAGAUAUUCCAGAUACUGGCUGCUAUAACAGCUUUCCAUCUGGUGUUCCGUUUUUUGAGGAGGGCAAUGAUAGCUUUCUCUCUGACUAUGGUCGUUUCUUUCUAGAAUGGUACAGUGGGAAGUUGAUUUGUCAUGCUGAUGCUAUUCUUGCAAAGGCAGCCGAUGUUUUGCGGAGACGUCAGGAAGAAGAGAAAAGCUCUGUAAUGCUGGUUGCGAAAAUUGGUGGAAUCUAUUGGUGGUAUAAGACAUCUUCACAUCCUGCUGAACUAACCGCAGGUUAUUACAAUACCGCCCUCAGGGAUGGUUAUGAUCCUGUAGCUUCUGUCUUGUCUCGCCAUGGUGCUGCUCUGCAUAUCCCCUGUUUAGAUAUGGCAGACACUGAAACACCUGAGAAAUAUCUUUGCAGCCCUGAAGGAUUGCGUAGACAGAUACACGAUGUUUCAAAGAAGUGGACAAUUCAUGUGACUGGCAGAAACACAAGCGAAAGAUUUGAUGAGAUGGGACUAAGGCAAAUACGAGAGAACUGUGUGCAACCGAAUGGCGACACUCUAAGAUCAUUUACAUUUUGCAGAAUGAAUGAGAAGAUCUUUAGGGUCGAGAACUGGAACAACUUUGUCCCUUUCAUUAGACAGAUGAGUGCAGAUAUGUAAAAACAGUCACCACUGUUAUGUUUGUCUUUUGUCACAGAAUUGAUCUUUCCUCACCAUAUUGCUUUUUCAGAUAUGUGAUGAGGAGAACUAAUCAAAUCAAGAAUUGUUAUAUGAUA